GGGAUCUGUGGAUGAUUGAGUGGGAUCGGGAUACUUACCUGAAGUUGACGUCGUCGAUACUGUGCGCUACUGAUUGUCUCAAUCGUCGUCACGAGGGAACAGUGCUACGUGGCACUCCAAUGUGAUCAGGAACUUUCAGCAACUUUUAUGCCAGCUUCAACUUGAGGGAUAGGUCUCUUCCUCCCGAAGGAAGGAAUGGGGAAUUCUACGGUCACGGCACGGUAUGAUGCAGGGGCGAAGUCGGCUUCGGCAGUGGCGGCAAUGGGGGUAGGAGACAUGAGAUUAAAGGCUUCAUUUAACGACGAGACGUUGGUAAAAGGGGUUCUGGAGAGGAGUCAGGUGACGGGGUUGGUUUUGGGAGUGGAGAAACCUCUCGCCUUUGCGAUCGAUUACGACGUGGGUAAUAAGUCGCCGAGGUUUCAGUUUCGGUCAACGACCACAGUUGGCGGGAAAACUGUGAAAUGGCUUUUCAAUCACGCUCCCGCCAGAAAUACGACGGCUGUCGACGUGUCCACUGCCAUUGACAAGAGUGGUGUUAACACGGUGGGUGUGAAGUAUGAUUUUGCCAAGCAGUCGGCGGGGGUUCGAUUCUCGAGAGUUUUUCCGUCGGGAACGAUCGUCGAGCCGUCCUUUGACUUCGGCACCAAGUCCUGGUCGGUGAUGAUGACCCACACCAUCGCCGGUGGAGAUUCGCUGUUGGCCACGUACGACAGCCAGGCGAAUCUUCUGCUACUCAACUGGGGGAGAGCAUCGGAGGCGGGAGGAGCAUUUCGAGUGGGAAUGACCAAUAUUUUCGCAACGGCGGGAAGCAACGGCUAUGGUGGCGGCGGCACCGACGAGCAGCCUCGGAUGCAGUCCAGCUUAUCGAUCGAGAAGACGUGGAACUUUCGCCUUCGACAAUUUCGACAAUAAUAACAGAAUGAUAGAGGGGUUAAAAAAGAAUAGAAGCACAACGAGUUCCGAGUUGUUUUCGCU